GUCGACGCUUCCUGAUUCUGGGUUGUCCUCAUUGGAAUUGAUGGGUAUCCAGACUAUCCGCUGCGUGGUUGCGUAUCUGGUGUGCUAUUAAUGGAGAAAUACUUCAUGGGAGACCUCCAGGUGCCCAGGGAUCGCAUCCAGUGUCUACUUGGAUCCUGGAAGCAUACCUCCCUUGAAGAUUCAUCAUACCCUUCAUGCACCCACAUUAUCGACGCGCUUCUCGGAAUCAUUACCAACCCUGACGUCAAGUACGGCGACAAUAUCGUCAUCUUCUAUGCUGGACACGGGUCUUAUUACUCAGAUGAGAAGGACCAUCAUGGCGUAUCCGGAUACAUCGAAGCACUUUGUCCAAUCGAUCGCGGCUCGGUUAGCGCCAAGGGUGCCCUCAUCCCCGAUAUUAGCGAUCGGGAACUCAAUACCAUCCUAACCCAAAUCUUCCGAGCCAAGGGGCACAGAAUCACUGUCAUCCUCGACUGCUGUCACUCAGGUAGCGUUAGCCGUGAGCUACCUGAACUGGGAGCCCGCGUUACUCCUGUAACAAGAGGUGUUACUCUUGAGGAUAUGCUCCUCGUCGGGGAUAGUUAUUUGAGGUCUUAUCCUGGAUACAGGUCCAUUUUAUCCCAGGACUGGUACCCAGACGUGGUCUCCCAUGUUUUACUAGCUGUAUGUAAAGAAUAUGAGUUUGCAAAGGAAAAGGAGGUAAAAGGGGAGGACAGCACGGUGGGAUACACUGGAAUUUUCAUGGACUCGCUUGUGUGUGCUCUUCGGUCUGGCUAUUGGAGAAAGGAGACGACAUAUGCUGAUAUCCCUUUCGGUUUGGAUGAGUCGCGCCAUCAGACACCCAUGGUUUCUGGAAAAUACAAGGAUACACGUCUCUGGUAUCAGGGAUAAAAUGGCGUUGAAGGACAUGUGCGCCUCAGGGUCCAACCAUAGAGAACUAGACAGAGCAUCCUUUUCUUUUAUACUCGUAUUUAUUUCUUCUAUAUAUAGUGUGCUUCGAUAUAGAUGCUAGAACUCACGUAACUAGACUGGUAAUACGUAUAAUUAUAUAUCCCCC